CCGCCCACCCAGGUGACUGCAAAUGUGGGAUCCAGGUGUCUGGGUGACCCCAAAUAAGGACCCAGGUGACCCCAAACCAUGGUCUCACCCCUGCAGGUGACCCCAAACCGUGUCCCCACCCCCACAGGUGACCCCAAACCAUGGUCCCCACCCCUCAGGUGACCCCGUCCCGCUGUCCCCCGCAGGUGGCCGGCGCGGGGAUGGCUCCGGUCGUGGAGGUGUCGGACGCCGGGCACUGCCGGGCGCUGCUGCUGGAGCUGAACGAGCAGCGCCUGCGGGGCCAGUUCUGCGACGUCACCAUCAUCGCUGAGGACACCAAAUUCCGCGCCCAUAAGAACGUCCUGGCCGCCUCCAGCCCCUUCUUCAAGCGGGCGCUGGCCCAGGAGCCCACCUGCCCCUCUCCCGCCCAGGUGCUGGAGCUGCCGGGCGUCCAGGCCGGCGUCUUCUCCGACGUCCUCAACUUCAUCUACAACUCGCGCCUGGCCGUGCCCUCGCCGGCGGCAGCGCGGGCGCUGGGGGCGUGGGCGGCGCCGCGUCAUCCCCGCUGCAGGGCCUGGAGGCCGGGCCCC